GGUAUUAUUCAGACUGGGUCCUACAAGCCAACAACGCCAUCUUGCUUCCCAAAGCUGCUGUUCCUGGUGAUUCUGGAGCAAGGUACAGCGCCCUCAUCUACCGAAACUCAGCAACAUCUUCCCUCAGGGCAGUUCAUCCUCGGUCGGCGAGACAACCUCCGAGCAGAAAAUUAACUCGGUGAUCCUGACGAUGACCUUAGUAGACAUUCCCACACUCCGUGAACCGGUGACCCUGGUAUUCGAGCAUCAGUCGAACAACACGGGUAAUGCAUCGUGCCAGUUCAUAGACUUCAGCAACAGUUCGUCACCCAGGUGGUCGGAGGAGGGCUGCAGGGUGCUGAAGUCCAACACAAGUAUCACCACCUGCAGCUGUGAUCAUCUCACCAACUUCGCCAUCCUGAUGAGCCCUUACAGACCGACCGGUAUUGAUGCGAAGGUAUUAUCGUACAUCACCUACAUCGGAUGUGGCAUCUCCAUUUUUGGACUUUUCUUAACCAUAAUAGUCUACGCUGCUCUUUGGAAGUAUGUGAAGUCCGACCGAAGUGUCAUUCUCAUUAACCUGUGUGUCGUCCUUCUGGUGGCCUACAUCACCUUUCUGUCAGGUGUGAGUAGUACACAGAACAAGGACGCGUGUACUACAGUCACAGUACUGCUUCACUACUUUUUUCUUGUCGUCUUCUUCCUGAUGCUGAGUGAAGGGCUGAAUAUAUUCAUCGCCAUCGUCAUCGUCUUCCCCACCAAGUCCAUACUCGUCUGGCUUCUGUGUCUGGCCUACGGAGCCCCGCUGGUGAUUGUUGCUGUGUCUCUCGGCGUCCGCUUUGAUGGCUACGGCAACGACGAAUAUUGCUGGUUGUCACUGAGAGACGGACUCAUCUGGGCCUUUGUAGGCCCCGCGCUGGCCACUCUGCUGGUCAACUUCGUGGUGGUAGCUGUCGUCAUACGGGCACUUGUCAGCAGCACGACCUUUGUCACCAAGAGCAACAGAGAAAAAGCAAAGUCUGUGGUCAAGGCCAUCUGUGUCAUGACCCCGGUGCUCGGCCUGACCUGGAUCUUUAGUGUUUUCUCAGUCAACAAGGAGACUGUGGUCUUCCAGUAUCUCUUCCUCGCCUUCAACAGCCUGCAGGGACUUCUCAUUUUCAUCAUUUACUGUGUUUUGUCCAAGCAGGUAAGAUUUCACUUUGGCAACAACAACAAUAAGACAGUAAAAUACAGAGUGGACCACUGGGCAGCAGCCCCCUUGUCACAGAGUGUGAUAGAAGGCGGCUACUGUCACGUGGCCCACUCUGUAUACUAGUGGCGUGUUGCAUAGCACGUAGCGAA